UGGUGGGCGUGACAGAAUGGGCGGAGUUAAGAGAAGACCAGCAAGAUGGCGGAGCGCAUCGCUUACCUGCAGGCUUUCGUGAUUUUACUAAAAUUACGUCUGCACUCCCAGCGGCAUUACAUGACAGCUCUGUACAUAACACGCAGACGCAGAAGGAGACUCCGGGCACGACGAAUGGCGCUGUUGAACAGGAUGGUGCGACGGCCGCAUGCUGUGUGGGCACAUCCACGGGCACAGCUUUGGUGGGAUACUGUAGUGCCUGACUUUAAUUCGGAACAGUUUUUGCAAAACUUUCGUAUGUCGAGGGAGUCAUUUGAUUACAUCUGCCGUCGUCUUCGCUCUUCCCUUCAAAAAAGAAAUACAAACUUUCGUUUGGCUAUACCAGUCGAAAAACGGGUUGGCAUCGCACUGUGGAAACUGGCUACCAACAGUGAAUACAGGAGUGUGAGUCAUCUGUUCGGUGUUGGCAUUGCUACAGCUUGUCACUGUUUGCAGGAUUUUUGCAACGCUGUUAUCAAAGUGCUACUCCCUCUGCACAUUGCAUUACCAAAUGAUAGAAAGUUAGUUGAGAUGGCAGAUUUCUUCGAUCAUCGCAGGGGGACGCCGCAAUGUGUUGGUGCAAUAGACAGCAGCCAUAUUCCAAUUAUAGCACCCGAAGAAUAUCCUCAGGACUACUGUAAUCAGAAAGGCUGGCAUUCUAUAAUAUUGCAAGGUGUGGUUGAUGGAAAAGGUCUGUUCUGGGAUGUGUGCGUUGGCUAUCCUGGAAGUGUGCAUAAUGCACGUGUGCUGCAGCAGUCUUAUCUGUGGCAGAUGGUAAGCGAUGGGCAGUUCUUCAGUCACCAUAAAGUCAGUAUCUCUGGACACCAAGUGGGUCACUAUUUAAUAGGGGACGCUGCUUACCCCCUGCAGACCUGGUUGAUGAAACCCUUCGCUGACACAGGCAAAUUGAACGCACAACAACAGAGAUUCAACGCCAGGCUCAGCAGUGCAAGGGCAAUUGUGGAGACAACGUUUGGGAAACUGAAAGGUAGGUGGAGGUGUCUCCUGAAAAGAAAUGACUGCCAUUUGGAGCUGACCAAGAAAAUCGCUCUAUCCUGCUGUGUCCUGCACAACAUUUGUGAGGAGCACGGGGAUCACCUUCUGGAAGACGUCCAGUUGCAGGAACAGGACAAGCAGCCUCCUGCUCACAUAUCGACAGAUCCAAGGGAAGCGGAAGGAGCCGAUGUGCGCGCAGCAUUAUGUGAUUAUUUCAACAACUGAUGUAUAUUAAAACAGCCUGCAUAGAUGGGUAUGUACCCGAACAUUUGUUAAGUCCCUUUCAAAAUAUCAAAGCAUUUCCUGCCAUGGCUUUAUCUCCUGCCUUUUCGGUUUUGUGCAGCCACUAAUUGUUAUGUGACAGUUCAGUGAUGAGAGUGAAAAUGGAAAAGUUGUUGUUUCAAACAUUUAUUAAAAUAUACAGUGAAA